AAAGGAAAAGAAAGGAAAAUUAAAAAGGGAAAGCAGUGGCGCCGGGAAAGAUGGGUAAGAAGGAAGUCUUGUUUGAGAUGCGAGCUGACCUGACUCCGGUAGAAAGGGAACCUUCUUCGUACUUCUUCUCUUUCUCCAUCUGAUUCUCAUUCUCCCCACUGAUUAAAGUUUCUUGUUCCUUCCUUCAUUCUUUUAUCUGUUGUUUCCUGAAAUUACUCUUGCUUCUUCUUCUUCUUCGUUUUGUUUCUGUUUCAGAUUAAAGACUUCAACUUUUUUGUUUUCGAUAAAAGAUAAACUUAUCUUCUCUUAAGGGUCUUGUUUCUUUUUAUGAUUAUUUAUGGGGUAGUGCCAGAACCGAUUUCUGAAUGCUUCCUUGAUGAAUCAGGGAUCGGCUAAUUAGUGGAGUCAUUGGCAUUCGAACUUACGUUUCUAUUUUUUUUUUCUUUUCCUGGGUUUCUAGGAAUUUCAGUUUUUGUUGUUAUAGUGGAAAUUGUUUCGUGGGUUUUCGUUAUCAUGUUAGGAUUUUGGUGUAAAUAGUUCUAGAUUGGUGAGUCUUGGUCGCUCGUCGUCGAUUCCUCCUUUGAUAUUAUUUGAAUCUUGGAGGAUUUGCUCCUAUUUUUAAGUUUUCAAAAUUACCGAAAAGGAAAAAAAAAAAAACAAAAAAAAAGAAGAAGCAUUAGGAAUCUGAUUUAGAUAAUUUUAGUCAUCCCCAAUUUUAUCGUGGGUUUCUAUCGUUACUUAUCACAUAUUUCUUAUUUUUAGACACUUAAAGCAAUUAGUUUUCCCGUGCCAAAGGACAGAUUUUUUUUUUUCCUUUUAGUUUUGUUAAAGAAGUCGUCCUAUACUAGAGUUUCAAAGAGGAGAAGAAAGAGUUAGAUUAAACAAUUUUUUGUUUUGUUUUGAGGCACUAGUUGAAUUCUCUGUUGGGGGAUUACAUGUUAUGGGAAUACCUGAUAGUUCGCUACUAGAUCUAAUAGAAAAGGUGAGGUCUUGGGUUUCUUGGGGAGGAAGUGAUUUACAAGUUUUGUCAGUCAAAAGUGAUAUGCUCAAUAACAGCAGAGAAAUGUGUUGUGAGUGUAAUAGAAACCUCAAUGAAAUGGUAAACAAGUACAAUUGCAAAAGCUGUGGCCGCUGGUUGUGUGAGAAAUGUAUGCAAGUUUCUGAUAUUCCUGAUCUUCAAUCUGAUGAUAACCCUGGGAUCAGGGAAACUGUCAACUCCUGCAAGUUCUGUUCAGGUGAUGAUAGGAAGUAUGAAGGUCAGGGGAAGUAUGUUGAGAAAGUGCAUCCUUCAGCCUCUCCUCAAGAUAGUCCCAGACAAAGUCCUGAGCCGCCAUCGCCGUGUUUUAGUGUCCAAAUUGAAAGAAUCAGUUCUCCUCUGAAUUGUAAUUUGAGUCAGGGAAAUCAUUUUGGACGCAAUUUUCAAGACCAAGACUAUAGGUAUUAUCUCCAGAGUAGUAUGGAUUCAUCUGGUGUUCUUGCAUCUUCAGUGUCUACUCAUCAAUCUGCUGGCAGGAGCGAUGAAGAUCGGACUGAGGAUUUUGGGAAGCACAAUUUCAGCUCUGCAAGUACAUAUUGCCAUAAUGAUUCAAAUAUAGAUACUAGUAGUGUUAGUGCUAAAAAUGAGACUUACAGCAAUAAGUCUCCUUCUGAGAGCCCUUCUAGGAUUGAUUUUACUUCCUGUGGGGUUGGGCUUCCUGUACAGCAGGGACAAGAGAGGAUCCCCGUCUCUCAGUAUGAUGGUCCCUUUGAUAAACAAACUACGGCUGUUUUAGGAAAGCCUGAACAAGGGACUGAGGAUGCAUAUAAUACUGGUUAUUUUUCUGAUGACUUGUCAAUUUUUCGGAACCAGUCUGAGAGUUCACAGAGGCCAUUGGAUUUUGAAAAUAGUGGUCUUAUCUGGUUCCCCCCUCCGCCUGAUGAUGAGAAUGAUGAUGCAGAAGGUACUUUCUUUCCAUAUGAUGAUGAGGAUGAUGAUGUUGGUGACUCAGGAGCCUUGUUCUCAUCCAACAGCAGCCUAUCUAAUGUUUUUUCUGCAAAAGAGAAACAAAAUGAGGGGAACAAGGAACCACUAAAAGCCGUCAUACAGGGUCAUUUUAGAGCUCUUGUUUUACAGCUUUUACAGGGAGAGGGUAUUAAAGGUGGUAAGGAAGAUGGUUCUGAAGACUGGCUUGACAUAGUUGCAACAUUAGCUUGGCAAGCUGCUAACUAUGUUAGACCAGAUACUAGCAAAGGAGGUAGUAUGGAUCCUGUUGACUAUGUAAAGGUGAAAUGUAUAGCAACUGGAAGUCCAACUGAGAGCACCCUUAUCAAAGGUGUAGUUUGCACAAAAAAUAUAAAGCAUAAGCGCAUGACCUCACAGUAUACGAAGCCUAGAUUGCUUCUGUUAGGCGGAGCACUGGAAUUUCAGAAAGUUCCAAACCAACUGGCUUCUUUUGAUACAUUGUUGCAGCAGGAAAAUGAUCAUUUGAAGAUAAUUAUUUCAAAAAUUGAGGCUCUCCGUCCUAAUGUUUUGCUGGUGGAAAAAAGUGUGGCUCCGUGUGCCUUGGAACACCUGCUGACAAAGGAAAUUUCAUUGGUGUUGAAUGUGAAAAGGCCAUUGCUGGAUCGCAUAGCCCGCUGCACUGGCGCACUUAUCACUCCGUCAGUGGAUAGUUUAUCUAAAGCAAGAUUGGGGCACUGUGAGCUGUUCCGGUUAGAAAGAAUGGUAGAAGAUCAUGAGACUAGCAACCAGUCAAACAAGAAGUCAUCAAAGACUUUAAUGUUUUUUGAAGGUUGUCCUAGGCGUUUGGGUUGCACGGUCUUACUGAAAGGUGCAUGCCGUGAAGAUCUAAAGAAAAUUAAGCAUGUUGUUCAAUAUGCAGUCUUUGCAGCCUAUCAUUUAUCCCUUGAGACAUCCUUCCUUGCUGAUGAGGGUGCAACCCUGCCUAAAAUAAGACUGAAACACUCAAUGGCUGAGUCAGAUAGGUCAAUGACUGACCCCAACAUCUCUAUAAUGUCUGACACCCUCACUCCAACAAUGAGCCCGCCAGAGGCUGAUGCUGUGGCUAAAGUUGAUGAACUAGACAGUCUUGAAUUAAAGUUUGAGGGGUUGGGAUCAGCAUCAGAGUAUCUUGAUGAUCUCAGUUUUCCUUCUGAUGCACGGACCAGAGAUUUUGGAAUUGAAAACAUACAUUUUGAUGCAUUCCAGAAUGCUUCAAUAUCUAAUUUGACUGGAGAAUCUGUUAAUUCUUAUUCAUGCAAUGAAUCAGAUGUGGACUAUAUGCUUGCUUAUGGCAUGAGAAACCAUUCGCAAUCAGACUUGCAAGAAUCCAUGGUUCAAGAGGAGAGCCAGCAUGGUGAAAUUUCUAAAUCAACAAAAGAUAAUAUUGAAGAGGAUGAACUUUCUGGUGAAUACUUUUCUGCCACUGAUAGUCAUCAAAGCAUCUUGGUGUACUUUUCUAGCCGCUGUGUAUCAAAGGGAACAAUCUGCGAACACUCAAGGUUGCUGCGGAUAAAGUUCUAUGGCUCUUUUGAUAAGCCUCUUGGGAGAUAUCUUCGUGAUGACCUAUUUGAUGAGACAUCUUGUUGUCGGUCUUGUAAGGAGCCUGUGGAGGCCCAUGUCCUAUGCUACACACACCAGCAAGGAAAUCUUACAAUCAAUGUUAGGCGCCUUCUCUCUGUGAAGUUACCUGGGGAAAGAGAUGGCAAGAUUUGGAUGUGGCACCGUUGCCUGAAGUGUCCUCAUGAGGAUGGAGUUCCCCCUGCAACCCGAAGAGUGGUUAUGUCGGAUGCUGCCUGGGGAUUGUCUUUUGGAAAGUUCUUGGAACUAAGCUUUUCAAACCAUGCAACUGCCAAUCGAGUUGCACCCUGUGGCCAUUCUUUGCAGAGGGACUGUCUUCGAUAUUAUGGGUUUGGAAGCAUGGUUGCUUUCUUCCGGUAUUCGCCUAUUGAUAUUCUCUCCGUCCAUUUGCCUCCAUUAGUGAUGGAAUUUGAUCACAUUCAGGAGGAGUGGAUUAGAAAGGAGUCUAGAGAGCUUUUGAGUAAUGUUGAAACCUUGUACCGGGAGAUAUCGGAUGUGCUUGAAAGCUUGGAGAAAAAGAGUCCAUUUCCUGCAGAUUCGUGUGACAUUCAUAACCAUAUAACUGGGCUAAAAGAUAUGCUUAGAGAAGAAAGAAAUGAUUAUCAAAGUUUGCUACAAUCAGCCAAAUCAGAGACCUCACAACCAGGGAAGAUAGAUUUAGAUGUUCUUGAACUAAAUCGCUUAAAACGUUCUCUUCUAAUUGAUUCACACGUAUGGGAUCACCGGCUUUAUUCCUUGGAUUCUCUUAUUAAAAGGAGUGCUACUUCCAGUAUUAAGCACGGAAACAAGUCUUGUGAAGACGUUAAAGAAGAACCUUUGGAAAGUCAUAUGGUCAAACAGCAGGAUGAGGCGCACAAACCUUGUGCUCCUGAACCAUCUACAAUGGGUCAUCCUGAUGGAGAGCAAGUUAAUUCAGAUGAAUCCAAUCUGUCUGAGAGAAUAGAUUCUGCUUGGACUGGAACAGAUCAACCACCUUCAAGCGUUGAACCUCUUCAUACAUGUCAAACAGAUGGUCCCCAGGCUGAAUCUAUAAAACCAUCUAGUCAAAAUGAUAAUCCUUCUUUCAGAAGGCUGCCAUCACCAAUGAGAGUUCAUUCUUUUGAUUCAGCUAUAAGAGUUCAGGAACAAAUUAGGAAAAGCUUGCCACUCUCAUUACAAUUAUCAACACUCAGAUCUUUUCAUGCCUCGGGAGACUACAGGAGUAUGGUUAGGGAUCCCGUCUCCAAUGUUUUGGAGGCCCGGUUCCAAAUGUUGCCAUGGGAGGCACAGAAGCUAAAUCUGAUAUUGAGCACCAUACCGACAUUCAUCACCUCUGGGUCUUGCAUAUCUGAAGGUGUUCGAUUACUGCAUUCCCAAACUCAGCGGGGUGAUAGGGUUAUUGCUGUUUAUGAUAAUGACUAUUCUAGCAUAAUAUCCUAUGCCCUCAGUUCUAAGGAAUAUGAUGACUGGGUUACUGAUAAGCUGGAUCUGCAUGAUGGGAGUUGGAUUAACCGUGAGAGAAGCAGAGAAGAUUUGGCUACUUCCACCUUUUCAGCCUGGGGUUCACUGGACUUAGAUUAUAUCCAUUAUGGUAACUAUGGGCCUGAAGAUGCUCCGUCUUCUAUUGGUACUCUCCUCUCAGAUUCCAAAAAGUCUUUACAUUUGCGAAUUUCUUUUGGCGAUGACUCGUUGGGUGCUGGAGGGAAAGUGAAUUUCUCUGUCACUUGUUAUUUUGCAAAGCAGUUUGACUUGCUUAGAAAGAAGUGUUGCCCUAAUGAAGUUGAUCUUAUACGGUCUCUAAGCCGGUGCAGGAGGUGGAGGGCACAAGGAGGCAAAAGUAAUGUAUAUUUUGCCAAAUCGUUGGAUGAAAGAUUUAUUAUUAAGCAAGUCACAAAGACAGAAUUAGAUUCUUUUGAAGAAUUUGCACCUCAGUAUUUCAAGUAUCUAACAGAAUCUCUCAACUCAGGAAGCCCGACUUGCCUUGCCAAAAUUCUUGGUAUUUAUCAGGUCACUGUCAAAUACCCGAAAGGCGGGAAGGAAACAAAAAUAGAUGUGAUGGUAAUGGAGAAUCUCUUUUAUAAGAGAAAUAUAGCAAGGGUAUAUGAUCUUAAAGGCUCAGAGAGAUCUAGGUACAACCCAGAUACAACGGGGACAAACAAAGUCAUGUUAGACAUGAACUUGUUAGAAGCCUUAAGAACGAAGCCCAUAUUCCUUGGGAGCAAGGCCAAGAGGAGCCUUGAGAGAGCCAUUUGGAAUGACACAUCCUUUCUGGCAUCUGUGGAUGUCAUGGAUUACUCAUUGUUGGUUGGGGUUGAUGAUGAACGAAAAGAGCUGGUUCUGGGCAUAAUUGACUUCAUGAGACAGUAUACAUGGGACAAACAUCUGGAGACGUGGGUGAAGGCAGCCGGGAUACUAGGUGGUCCAAAGAAUGCUGCUCCCACCAUUGUUUCUCCUAAGCAGUACAAGAAAAGGUUCAGGAAGGCGAUGACUACCUACUUCCUCACUCUACCAGAUCAAUGGUCUUCAUGACAUGCCUGAAAAUGUAUUAUGAUGAUGAUGAUAAUGAUCUCAUUUUUCCUGACACAAUGCAUUCAUUGGUUAAUAAGGGUAAGUUGGCGGCGUAUUAUUAAUUGUUCAUACAUCCCUCGGCAGUGUAUUCUAACCUUGAAACUUAUUCUUUAACUAGAGCUUAAUGAAAUUGUGAAGAUUCCUUCUA